CAGCGCGCCUAGUGCACGGGCCGUGCGCCUCCUGCCCCGCCCGCGCCGCGAUCGCGUUUGGGCCUCGCCGCACGCCGUAGCGACUCCGCCGCCGCCGCGCCGCGCCCCUUUCCGGCACCGCGGGUGCAGCGCUUCCGGUGCGGGACGCAGGGAGAUGGGUCAAAGUCAGAGUGGUGGACAUGGUCCUGGUGGUGGCAAGAAGGAUGACAAGGAUAAGAAGAAGAAAUAUGAACCUCCAGUUCCAACCAGAGUGGGGAAAAAGAAGAAGAAAACAAAGGGACCAGAUGCUGCCAGCAAACUCCCACUGGUGACUCCUCACACACAAUGCAGACUCAAAUUGUUAAAAUUAGAGAGAAUUAAAGAUUAUUUGUUAAUGGAGGAAGAAUUUAUCAGAAAUCAAGAACAAAUGAAACCUUUGGAAGAAAAACAAGAGGAAGAAAGAUCAAAGGUGGAUGAUCUGAGGGGAACACCGAUGUCUGUGGGUACCUUGGAGGAGAUCAUCGACGAUAAUCAUGCUAUCGUAUCUACGUCAGUAGGGUCAGAACACUAUGUCAGUAUUCUGUCUUUUGUGGACAAGGAUCUACUAGAGCCAGGCUGCUCUGUUUUGCUAAAUCAUAAGGUUCAUGCUGUGAUAGGAGUUCUAAUGGAUGACACAGACCCUUUAGUUACUGUGAUGAAAGUUGAGAAAGCUCCUCAAGAAACAUAUGCUGACAUUGGUGGCCUUGACAACCAGAUCCAAGAAAUCAAGGAGUCUGUGGAGCUUCCCCUCACCCAUCCUGAAUAUUAUGAAGAGAUGGGUAUAAAGCCACCCAAAGGAGUCAUUCUCUAUGGCCCACCUGGCACAGGAAAGACAUUACUAGCCAAAGCGGUGGCAAACCAAACUUCAGCAACCUUCCUGAGAGUUGUUGGUUCAGAACUUAUACAGAAAUACUUGGGUGAUGGUCCAAAGCUUGUGCGUGAACUCUUCCGUGUAGCUGAAGAGCACGCUCCGUCAAUUGUCUUCAUUGAUGAAAUUGAUGCCAUUGGUACAAAGAGGUAUGACUCAAAUUCAGGUGGUGAGAGGGAGAUCCAGCGUACAAUGCUGGAGCUGUUGAACCAGCUGGAUGGGUUUGACUCUCGUGGGGAUGUUAAAGUUAUUAUGGCCACAAACAGAAUAGAAACACUGGAUCCAGCUUUAAUCAGGCCAGGACGUAUUGACAGGAAAAUAGAGUUCCCUCUACCAGAUGAAAAGACCAAGAAACGCAUCUUUCAGAUUCACACAAGCAGGAUGACUUUGGCAGAUGAUGUGACUUUGGAUGAGCUGAUUAUGGCAAAAGAUGAUCUCUCUGGGGCAGAUAUUAAGGCGAUUUGUACAGAAGCUGGAUUGAUGGCUUUGAGGGAACGACGAAUGAAAGUAACAAAUGAAGACUUCAAGAAAUCUAAAGAGAAUGUUCUCUAUAAGAAGCAGGAGGGAACCCCGGAGGGACUCUAUCUUUAACUCAGCUCCAUCUAUCUGGGGACUAUCAUCAGGAAUGUUUUCUCUGGUUAUGAGGACAGCCUCAUAAAUAAAACCAAGUAGUCUAGCUAAUCCUCAUUCUUGAAGAGGUUAAAUCCUGGUGGAUUGUGGUUUUCAGUCAGUGUAAACACUUCAUUUCCCAAUAAAAUAUUUGUUUGAAUUGAA